AUGACAAUCACCUCAAAUCUUCAACAUUUGAUUGUACAGUGUUCCGGUAACAUUGGUGGUAUGAAAGUACCGUCGGUAAAGUUGGAAGUGGACGGUGAACUUAUUUUCCUAAAACGACUCAUCCUCCCAUACGGUCAACGGGAAGGUGUCCCAAAAGCAUUACAGAAAAUGGAGCAGAAUGGUGCGAUAAGCAAAGUUGAAUCCAGUGCCUGA